CCUCGGGUAUAAGAGGGCGUGACGGUGCAAGAGAGAUAGGGCGGGAGCAAAGCAUAGAGGACGAUAGCUAGUCUAGUCUUGGUUUGCAAUGGGUUCCAAGGCGGCCUGUCCAUGGCUUGAUUAUCUCCUAGUAGUAGUCGUCGUCCUGCUGGUGGCAGCCGCUGGCUCGGCGGCGGCGGAGGCGGCGUUCGACGAGAACUACGCGGUGCAGUGGGGCGCGGAUGGCUAUCACCUCGUCAUCCGGGGCACGGAGGCUAACAUCACCAUGGAUCAGAGCUCAGGUGCCGGGUUCCGGUCCAAGUCCAUGUACGGCUCGGGGUUCUUCCACAUGAGGAUGAAGCUGCCCUCCGGCUACACGGCCGGCGUCGUCACGACCUUCUACCUCAUCUCGCAGCCGGAAGACGGCAGCCGCGACGAGGUGGACUUCGAGUUCCUCGGCGACAAGGCCGGCGUGCCCGUCACCCUCCAGACCAACGUCUUCGUCAACGGCCGCGGCGACAGGGAGCAGCGCCUUCACCUCUGGUUCGACCCCGCCGCCGACUUCCACGACUACAAGAUCCUCUGGAACCCUUACCAGCUCGUGAUGUUCGUGGACGACACGCCGAUCCGGGUGCUAAGGAAUCUGACGGCCACCGUGCCGGGGUACCCGUUCCCGGCGAGGCAGACGAUGCUGAUCCGCGCGAGCGUGUGGGACGGCUCCGGCUGGGCGACGGACGGCGGCCGGACCAAGGUGGACUGGUCCCAGGGGCCCUUCACGGCCGGGUACCGGGGGUUCGACGUCAGCGGCUGCGCCAGCAACGGCAGCGCGACGCCGCCGUGCGGCUCGCCGGACCUGUGGUGGAACGGCGGCGACUACCGGAACAUCACCGCCGAGCAGCGGGCGGCCUACGAGGACGUGAAGAAGAACUACAUGAACUACGACUACUGCGCCGAUAAGGGCAGGUUCAACAACACCGUGCCGGUCGAGUGCAACUACGCUUAAUUAUAAGCUAGGUGUGCCAUUGUAUCGAUCAGAUCCUCGU